AUGUCGGAAUCGAGCCUUACCUCCAAGUUCAUCACGAGCGCCGCGCUGGAGGCGCCCAAGGAGUUCAGCGGCGUUAGCCAGAGCCUGACCGAGCACCGACGUGAAAAUGCAGAGAGCGGCGCCCUCCACCCGACGGCCAGAAAGCUCCGCGCACUAUUCGACGGUGUUUCGCCACUAGUGCCCGAGCUCCUCGGGAAGCGUGUGUCUGAGAUAUGCGACACGCAGAACAUCGAUCCGAUAGACCUCUGGGCAGCGGCCACUUCCGGAACGAACGCCAUUGCCGUCCACCUCCUGGCCAGCAUGAUCGCCGAGGUCUUUGAUGACGUCCAUGCAGUGUCCAUCAGGUGGGAGCUGAUCGAGAGAAGAAAGGUCGAGAUCCAGCAGACCAUCGACAAGGAGCCCAACCAGAUCAAAAGCAUGGCCAUGGCCCUCGCGACCAAACAGGAGUUCUCUCGAGCCGAGAUUGCCAUGUGGACAACAGCUGUCGGCCUGGAAAGACGCAACGAUAUCCAUCAACGCGUGGUCAAGGGCAUCCUGCAGAAGGUUCGCAACGGCGCGAUUCUGCUCGCCAUGAAUGCGCGCAUCUAUACCCAGAUCUUUACCGUGACGCAGAGGGUCAGCUUCAGCCUCAGUCGCAUAUGCAUGGAUGAUUUCCGCCAUGUUCUGCUCGGAGAUCGCCCGAAAAUGGCACGGCUGUCUUUGGCGGAAAUGCACAAGAUUACCAGCAAGACGUCUUGGAUAGGCCAGCUCCUUAGCGCGGCGGAAGACUUCGCCGAGGGCAGCGAACUCGAACAAGACACCGCCAGAAAGCUCAUAGAACAUGGAAGACGCCACGGCGCGUUCCUCUGCGACGCAGGAUCCCAACCGGCGCCCUUUUUGGCUGUCGCACAUUCCCUCGUUGUUCUAUCUCCUCAUGGAAAUCCUGAGCCCCGGAUCGCCUAUCUCAGGCAAUAUGCCAAAGACAUGGGACUCUCCAACGGGAACUGUCUAAUCCGAUACUACUACUCGGGCACUCUCUACGAGUAUGCCAGUCUUGAACCCAUCAGCGCAGACUUCGAGCCCCACGAGCAAGGUCAUGGGGGAACCAAUUAUGUCAGCUUGGAUUUCUGUGCCGGCGAUCAAAAAAGUGCCCUAAUUGUCAUGACUGGUUUGAUGACGGAGAGUAACACGGAUCCUCGAAAGGGCCGUCCAGGGAGCGGAACGAGGGAGGCCGGUCUGUUCCUGGAACGCAACACCAUCAAGCAAGCUUUUCGGCCGCAGGACUUUGACUACCUCAAACUCACCGAAUGGUUCACAACAAAUUUCCGCUUCCGGCACUCUAUCUUUGUUCGAUCGCUACGCGCCUGCGCUGCUGCGGUCGAAAUGUACGGGCGACUACCCGAUACAACCGUCACCUCAUCCAUCGUCAGCAGCAUCUCCCUGCUCUGGGCGAGGUGGAUCCCCGAGAGAGAACCGCCAAACGCAUCGCCGCUCCGGGUCAAGAUUUCGGGGCCCGAGGCUUUCGCCUGUAUCACCAUGUUCGACUCGGGGGCCCUCAUCGACCCGGCCUACCUCCAACACCCGGGCCUGUCAUUCCUUGUCCCGGCCCCGGAACCCCUCGUCAGGAAGGCCAAACAAGAAGCCUGGACACUCCUCAGCCACAACGGCUUCUCGGGCGCCAUCCAGGACUCGUUCGGCAAGACGUCGAUGCAUUUGCGCCUGACGCAGUACAAGCCCGAGCUCCACGGCCUGUACCAGGACAAGCACUACAUUGAUGAAUGCAUGGCGCUGCGCGAGACGCUGGUCCAGGUUUACGACGGCGGCGACUGGCGGCCCGUCAAGGGUCAGAGCCCACUUUCCCACAUGGUCACGGUCGACCAUUGGGAGGAGCUGCUUACCCCGCCAACGGACCAGGCCAUCUCGGUCGUGCGCGCCGCGGGCAACUGGCUCGGUCGGUUUGCCGCCGCGGGAGUCAGUAUCCGGCUGCAAAGGCCUACCGUCGUCCUCCCUCCAGAGGAUGUCUGCUGGGAGUGCGUCGACAAGCAUAUCCAGCAAAUGGGCCUUGUGGAUGAGGUGAGGCGGAUAGUGCUGAUCAUGUAG